AUGCCAAUGUACCUUGUGAUUUUCCUAGCCUUCAGCCUUCAUGGUUUGCCAUAUACCAGCACCAGUCCCCCAGAUUAUAUUCCUGCUACAAUUGGAAUAAAUAACGUGAACCGAGAUUGGUUAAUUGAACGUUAUUUUCAUCUUGGGUUAAAUUAUAUUGAAAUUGUGAACUUCCUAUUAAGCUACCAUGGAAUCAGAAUUUCCUUAAGGCAACUCAAGAGAAUAAUAAAAGUUAUGGGCUUAAAACGAAGAAAAGAAAGUUCCUCACUUAAUGUUAUUGUUGAUGCAGUUGAAAGGGAGAUUUCAGGGAGUGGUAAUGCUUUAGGAUAUCGCCUUGUCCAUCAACGUUUGUGUAAUAAUCAUGGUCUUAUAGUGGAUUGCGAAACUGUUCGACAUAUUAUUAAAGGUCUUGAUCCUGAAGGGUAUGACAAGCUGAAGCCAUUUGGUUUCUGCAUACACGGUGCAAUCGAUGGAUACAGUAGGAAAAUUCUUUGGCUGGAGCGAAUAGAGGCAUGGUGGUUUUUUCUCCGGAAAGCAAACUCCCAUUCGUGGAUAUCUUUCUUUAAAGACUUGCGAGACACUGGACUUUACAAUGAUAGUGAUGUUAUUCAAGUGGAAUGCCUUAAAUAUUGCUUCAUGCCCAUAAUUCAAUUAGAGUUAGAUAAUGUUGUAAAAACUUGGAACCUUCACAGAAUACGGAAAACCAAAAACUCUGAAACUCCUCCUGGUAGACCUGAUGUGCUUUAUUUUUAUUACCUUCCUGAAGCUAACAAUACAAGAGAUUACAAAACAACAGUAACUGAUAAUGACAUUGAUUUGGCUGAUACAAUUUGUGGUGAAUGUCGUCCUCCAUUUGGCUGUAAACCAUCUUUCUUGGAACUUGCCACAAUGAUCAUGGCAGAUGAAAAGUUAUCUAUGCCCAAAAGUGUUGAGGAUGCAAGAUACCWAUAUUUGGCAAUAUUAGCUCAUAUUASAAAUAUCUGA